CCACCCAUCGCAGACCGAUCAAACUCCCACCAAACAUAUACGAACCCAAGAAAGAUGAAAAAAAUAAUCCACCCUGAAAUCCUCCAUAGAUUUGGCCGCCGGGAGAAGCUAGCUAUCAGGAAGAGUGAGUUGCUUCGAUCAGCAGCGACAACAGCUGCUGUCGUAUAAAAUUUACGCUACCGUAAAUGGUGAUAGAGGGAGAUGAGAGGAGAAGGAUCUUAUCAUGAGAUGAAACGAAGCUGGUGGUUUAGGACCUCUUCCUCCUCCCUCGUCAUCACAUGCUUCGAUCGUUGAAUUGUUGCUACUUGCCACCUUGUGGCGAUGAUGGCUGCUGCUGCUUCCUCCUCCUCCUCCUCUUCUUUCCUCCUCCUCUUCCUUCAUCUGCCUCGAAUCAUCCACCACAACCACCACCACCACCACGACCGCCCUCCUUUCCUCUCCCUCCCUGCUUUAAACGCUGUUUGCUCCUCUCGGUUUCCGUCCUUCCAAUGCAGCAAAAGAAGAAGAAAGACAGCAAUCCCCUUCCCCAUAGUUGUCGUCCCGGGUCUGUCGUUGUCGAGGUCGAGGUCGUUGGCGGAAGGGAGGGGGGGUGAUGGAGAGGCUAUGGUCCAAGAGGAAUUUGUCAAUGAACCCAAGCAGACGGGGUUUCACUCCGAUGGCAUCGAGAAUGCUGCAAGUGAAUCAGCCACUCUCAGUUCUCAUGCCCGAUCUUUGCAGCAGAGGACUGCAGUCUCUUCGGAUACAAUUUCUCUUGGCAUCAGAGAACCUGUUUAUGAGGUGGUAGAAGUAACAUUGGAUGGAAAAAUGUCUACAAAAAAGAUUAACAGGCGCCAAUUGCUGAAGUCAAGUGGUCUUCGCCCAAGAGAUAUUAGAAGUGUUGACCCAUCAUUAUGGUUGACAAAUUCGGUGCCUUCUUUGCUGGUACGUGAGCAGGCUCUGUUGUUAAACCUUGGUUCCUUAAGAGCAAUUGCCAUGCAUGAACAAGUUCUUGUAUUUGAUUAUAAUCGCAAAGGAGGUAAAGCCUUUCUGAAAGCAUUGUUGCCUCGCUUAAAUCCUAAAAACAUCAAUGGAGGACCUGCCAUGCCUUUCGAACUUGAGGUUGUUGAAGCUGCAUUGCUUUCUCGAAUACAAUGUUUGGAGCAAAAGUUAAUGGACAUAGAACCUCGUGUGGUUGCAUUACUUGAAGUUCUGCCCAAUCGGUUGACAGCCGAUGUGUUGGAGGAGCUUCGUCUUGCUAAACAGACCUUGGUUGAAUUGGGAUCACGAGCAGGGGCUCUCAAACAGAUGCUGCUUGAUCUUCUGGAAGAUCCACAUGAAAUUCGCCGCAUAUGUAUAAUGGGACGAAACUGUGUAGUGCGGAGAGGGAGCAAUGAUUUGGAAUGCUCCCUUCCCUUGGAAAAGAAAAUUGCUGAAGAAGAAGAGGAAGAGAUUGAAAUGCUCUUGGAGAAUUACCUUGAAAGAUGCGAAUCUUGCCAUGGGCAUGCAGAAAGGUUACUUGACUCUGCAAAGGAAAUGGAAGACUCGAUUGCUGUAAAUUUAAGCUCCCGGCGGCUUGAGGUUAGUCGAGUGGAGCUACUUCUCCAGGUUGGGACAUUUUGUGUUGCUGUUGGUGCUUUAGUAGCAGAGAAUAACAGUGACAUGCCAUGUUUCUUUGUUUUGAACAUGGGACCUCCCCCAGUGCUUGCACUGAGCAGAGCAGUGCCAUGCAAACAGAGUCCAGUCCCAUUGGCCGGUUCAUUUGGAAGAAUAUUUGGGAUGAACCUGAAAUCAUUCCUUGAGGAGCAUGUGUAUGCGUUUUGGCUGACAACAGCAGGAAUAAUAGUUGGCGCAGUUGCUGCAUUUUUCAUCAUGUAUUCUUAUCUGAGGUCAAGAAGAAUAUUGUAGCCCUUCUGGCUGUUACGUGUCAAAACCUAUUUACGUGACAGCACAGCAUCUUCUUUGGUUAGCUCGCCAGCUUUCGGCAAAUAAGAAAUACGGUUUUAAUGCCAGUAGGUGACUAGCCUAUGAAUUACAUUAGAACAUAUAUGCAUGUCCAUCAAAAUGAAACUUCUGUGGGAGGCAUUUCCAACAUUCUUUGCUCUCAUUUUCAGUGCUUAUGACUCGUUUUAGCAGUACUUAGUGGAACUUCAUUUGAACUUUUUUUAA